CAGAAAUUGAACAUUGAGCUUUCGUCGCUGAGUGACGGCGUUGAUCUUCUGAGCUACAAUCUUCGCUGAAUAAUUUCACCCAUUUAUCUUUUCUGCAUUCCAUUUUAGAUCUAAUGGCUCUAAACAAUUCCAACGCCGCUGCCCCUUCUGCCUUUGAAAGAGAACAGAUCAUUGGAAUGAUGGAGAAGGAGAUGGAGUAUAGGGUGGAUAUGUUCAACAAGCUUACGCACACAUGUUUCAGCAAAUGCACGGAGAAUAAGUAUAAGGAAUCUGAGUUAAACAUGGGUGAAAACAGUUGCAUCGACCGUUGUGUUUCAAAGUAUUGGCAGGUGACUAACUUAGUCGGCCAACUACUUGGAAACAAUCAACCUCCUAUGUGAAGGAAUAGUUUUGCUCUUCGUUUUUUUUUCUUCUGGAAUUCCGAUUACUUUUACAUGAAUUUUGUUGAACGUGCAAAACAAGUUCCUUUUGGAAUUUUGAAAUAAUAAACAUGCUCAUCGCUUUCAUCUGCGGAUAGGUGACAUUGUAUUGGCAAUAAAUAUGUUUUUUUCC